UGUCGAGCGGAGCUCGGCGCAGUUCCGGGAUGGCGGCUGACGGGGAGCUAGCGGACGAGUGGCGGGCGGCGCUGCCGCACCAUGCCGUGCUGUGCCGGCUGCGGGAGCAGAGCGCGAAGAGACCCAGCCCCCCUGGGCCGACUCGCAGCCUCAUCUUCGGGCUGGACGCGGACUUGUUCCUGUGGGACGCGGAGCGCGCCGCCUUCUACACCCUCAGCCUGCGGGGCCUGAGAGGCGCGGAGCCCGGGGGGCUGGGCCGGUACCAGACCUUGGUUUGCAUAAAUCCGCCCCUUUUUGAGGUCUAUGAAACCCUGUUAAGUCCCACACAGCAUCAUGUGGCGCUCAUAGGCAUUAAAGGGCUGAUGGUCCUGGAGUUGCCUAAACGGUGGGGAAAGAACUCAGAAUUUGAAGGUGGAAAACCAACUGUUAAUUGUAGCACCAUUCCUGUUGCUGAAAGGUUCUUCACUAGUUCGACCUCCCUGACCCUAAAACACGUGGCCUGGUAUCCCAGUGAGACAUUAGAACCGCAUGUAGUGCUGUUGACUUCGGAUAACACUAUAAGGAUUUACAGUGUGAAGGUGCCGCAGACACCUGUGAAGGUGAUUGCUCUUUCAGAUGCUGAGGAGGAGAGUUUAAUGCUCAAUAAAGGGAGAGCGUACACAGCGUCACUAGGAGAGACCGCCGUGGCAUUUGAUUUUGGGCCUCUGGUAUCUGUUCCGAAGAACAUAGCUGGGCAGCGAGGCAGAGAGGAAGUAUUGGCAUAUCCACUGUACAUAUUAUAUGAAAAUGGAGAGACCUUUCUCACAUACGUUAGCCUUUUACAAAGCACUGGAAAACUUGGCAAGCUGUUGGGCCCAUUGCCCAUGCACCCCACAGCUGAAGAUAACUAUGGCUACGAUGCUUGUGCUGUUCUGUGCCUGCCCUGUGUUCCCAACAUCUUGGUGAUUGCCACCGAGUCAGGAAUGCUUUAUCACUGUGUGGUACUGGAGGGAGAAGAGGAUGAUGAGCCAACGUCAGAAAAGUCUUGGGAUCCAAGAUCUGACCUCAUCCCUUCUCUGUAUGUGUUUGAAUGUGUUGAAUUGGAACUUGCACUGAAACUGGCAUCAGGAGAAGAGGAAGAGCCUUUAGAAUCUGACUUCUCUUGCCCAAUUAAACUGCACAGAGAUCCUAAAUGUCCCUCUAGAUAUCACUGUAUACAUGAAGCUGGUGUGCACACUGUUGGACUAACAUGGAUCCACAAACUUCACAAAUUCCUUGGGUCAGAUGAGGAAGAUAAGGACAGUUUACAAGAACUUGGAGCAGAACAGAAGUGCUUUGUGGAACACAUUCUUUGUACAAAGCCAUUGCCAUGCAGGCAGCCUGCUCCCAUUAGAGGAUUUUGGAUAGUCUCUGACAUCUUAGGGCCCACAAUGAUCUGCAUCACCAGCACCUAUGAAUGUAUCACAAGGCCUCUUCUAACGACAGUCCAUCCAGCAUCCCCUCCGCUCUUGUGUACGAGAGAGGACAGUGAAAUUACGGUCUCGCCUCUUCGUAUCCUAGCUAAAUCACCGCAUUCAUUUGAGAAGCACAUCCGAAGCAUCCUGCAGCGCAGCUCUGCUAAUCCAUUGCUUUUGAAGUCUGCUGACAAAGAUGCAUCUCCUCCCCCAGAGGAAUGUCUUCAGCUUCUAAGCAGAGCCACACAGGUGUUCAGGGAAGAAUAUAUUCUGAAACAGGAUCUGGCAAAAGAGGAGAUCCAGCAAAGAGUGAAAUUGCUGUGGGCACAGAAAGAGAAGCAAUGGAAGGAUCUUGAGUACUGUCAAGAGGAAAGGAUGAGUCUGCGGGAAGUGGCUGAGCGCUUGGCUGAGAAGUAUGAGGAAGCUAGAGAAAAACAAGAAGAUAUUAUGAAUAGGAUGAAGAAAGUGCUUCGCAGUUUUCACUCUCAGCUUCCAGUUCUGUCAGAUAGCGAGAGAGACAUGAAGAAAGAAUUACAGAUGAUACAUGAUCAACUGCAGCACCUAGGAAAUGCUAUCAAACAGGUGAAAAUGAAAAAGGAUUAUCAGCAAAGGAAGAUGGAAAAGAGGAUCAGUCCACCAAAACCUAGCAUAACCCUCAGUGUCUACCAGAGCAAGUGCAUCCAGACAGUUCUGAAAGAAGAGGGAGAACACAUAAGGGCAAUGGUGACACAGAUCAAUGACAUCAGAAGCCACGUGAACUUCUAACAAGCCACUGACUAAGUCCCCACAAUAGAGAGGCUGAAAUGCUUUUGACAUUGCAGCAAGGAAGAUUAAGGGGGAAGAACACACAACCCACAUAUAUCAAUACCAACUGUUUGUGCUACAUAAUAUGCUUUUUAUUUCAUAUUUUGUAAAGACGUGGUAUUGAAUAAAACACUUUUGAUAAGAAAAGAUCCUUUUACAAGCUCAGUUUUUCUCCUUAAGGGGAAGGGAACUAAACAUUACGCGUACACCUAUCCGCUCUGUACAACUAAGUAUUUAAAUCAUUCUAGAAAAAAGGCAAGAUAUAGGAAGGGGAUUUUUACUUCAGCAAAGAAAAUUCUGGAUCCAUCCUCCUCUGGCAGAAAGCAGAUUAGAAAAACCAGAAAAGCAUACGUGUCAGCUGCUUUUGUUUAAUUUGGACCACUUUCUUCAUAAGGACACACCUUCCAUACAGUUAACACAUAGUUACAUUUGAAAUCUACAUCCACAGUUGCACAGGACACCAAUGGCUUGGUUCACUGAAAUGCAGUAUUCACUUCCAAACACUCAGUUUGCCUUUAUCCAAAGAAUUUAGAGACCAGUUGUAUUUUUACUGUAGGAUACUUGACUUCUUCCCUGCUUCUGCUAAAAGUGACAUGGGCAAGCUAAGUUUUAAGAAGAGGUACUGCACUGCUUGACAAUAGUGCAUGCAACGGUGCCAAAAUAAAGCCUUUAAGAAAAGGAGGGGUACUAGACAUGCUGCAAAAAGAAGGUUCUAGUUGCACAGAUUCACUGACUACACAACUGUUGGGAAUACUUCAUGAAACUCACUGAAUAGUUUUCAUUUUACAGUCUACACUGAACAGUCCAUUUUCUAAUUUACAUUUUUUGGCUGUAUAGUAGGUAACGUUACAGAUAGUGCAUGUUAGCUAGAACUGUAAACCAACCAUCCUCACAACAAAUUGAUCCCAGAAGCUUCUAUGAUAGAGGGAUAAUUUUCCUACUACAGUCUUAUGGAUACAUGCCAAAAUUAAGAUGCUUUAUUUGCAUUUAAGUAAAUUCAGUCACCACAUUUGGCAGACACCUCUCCUGUGGGCACCUGAGUUUUCUAUGUUUGACUUUUCCAUAAGAAAUCUUAGUUCCUUACUUUCCUCACCCCCUUGGGCUCUUCUAGCUAACCCAGCACUAUCCCCACAGUCUAACAGCAGCUCAGCUCUAGGGCCUCAUUUAUGUAUGUUUGACAAUCUAGUUCUCUAAUCUUAGUUGUUGGCACUGCAGUCAACCGCUUCAUCUUCACCAAUCUGCCUAGGGCCAUAUUUUCAACAAAAGCUAGGAGCCUUUUGUUUUUGGACUCGCUCUAUCCUGCACGCAGCAAGGGGCCCUGGGAGCUCAGAUUAGCAGCUGAAGGGCCUCAGCCCCAUACUACCUUUAAGCAUUGGUACCUAUUACUUAAAAGCUGAACUGAAUAAAAGAAGACUAAGGUACAGAAAGGAAACAUGGAGUAGCUAAGUGAGACUGGCAAAUACUACAUCGAUAUUCAUAGCUGUCAUCUCUGAAUAUUAGAAAGGCUGGGAAACUUCCACAAAAAACUGACGUGAGGUUGCUGCACUGAAUCGCUCAAUACGCUCUGUAAAAGCAAGAUAUAAUCAAUCAUUUAGUUCCCCUUCUCAACUAUGUUCCUUCCAGAGCCUGUGUACCCAUACUCUCAUCCUAAUUACACAUGCAGCCACUUAUCCAGGCUAUAACAAUUUAGUACACCAACAUGCAUGUACAUUUCCAUUCUGUAAUGGAAUGUAUUGGUUACUAGCAAGUUUAAGAAUGCUCACUAACAGCUCACGCACUCACUUUUCUUGAAGACUGCAGCGAGACAUCACAGCCAGCAUCUGCCACCGAACACCACAGCUAUGAGAAAUGCAGUACGUGGAAGCCAUACCAAUGAAAACAAACUAAGCAGAAUUGAGGCUGAAAAGAGGAAGUGAAGUGACUCAGUGCGGAAAAGAUGUUGAAUGAUUAUUUCCUUGCUUUCUUCCAGUUUGGGAUAUACAGCCUAGAACCUCGCCUCAAAAGUUAGAUAUUUUUGGGCCAGGCUACUAGGUUAUUUCCUCAAAUAGGUGCUACAAAUUAUUUAAUGUUUGUUAGAUUUAUUCCAGUUCUCAUAAAAGAGCCAUCUUCCUUAAAGCACUACUACCAGGUUUAAGUACCAGCAGAACAUUAGCAACAUAAGGUCGGUGAGGUAAUAUCUUUUAGUAGAAACAAGCUCUCACCCACCUUGUCUGUCUGAUAUCUUGGGACCGACACAACAACCACCCUGCGACGUAGAAUGUUCGUUAGGUAAUUUCAGAGCCUAAGGGGAUCUAUAGGCUGAAAACAGUUGCUUUUCCUGUGACUCCUGCUGCCAAACACAAGCCCAUAUUUUCAAGUAUGUACAUACAAUAUAAUGCAUGUGCCCACUUAAGAAUUGUGGAUGCUCAAUGUUAAUAUUCAGAAAGUAAAUUCUUACUAACCUUUCCAUUAGUAAAGGCUGAAAUACUGAUCCAAUGACAACUUCCAUUCCUCUCAAAGGCCAGAGCUAGUUCAGUUAUCACAGGGACCACUUCAAAUAUUCAGAAUUUGCAACACUUAGUAUAGGACAGUGGCAGAUAAGCCAUCAGCUGAGAACCUGUAUGGAAUUCUAUUUUUUUUUUUAAAAGAAGUCAUGUUAUAAUACUGUCUUGUAUGACGUGUAUGACAAGAAACCCAAAACUAGCACUUGUAGAAUAUCACUGUCUCGUUGCAUAGUGUUACCUUAAUGUCUAGUUAAGGGUUAGAGUGGGAUUUGACUUAUUUCCUGUGUUUUAAGCAAUACCUGGACACCAUCUUUGAGAUGCAUUGCACUCGAACAAAACCUGUAGCAUAAUGCUUUUGUGCUACGUGAUACAGACUGUGAUGCAGGUUGCGUGUACCGACCUAUAUUUGGCAUUGGUGUGAGACUUUGAAUUCUUCCUUAAUUCAGAAUCAUCUUCCUUUUUCAACUACAAAUUAUACACGGUAAAAGCUAGUUCACACAGAACGACAUUCACCCCAGCAGAGAUGAUGUGCAAAUGCCCUAUAUGUUGCUUAAAUGGUGCACAGAGUUUUGUUAAGUCUUAACACAAAUAUGGGACUAGCAACACCUCAGUUCUAAAACUGAGAAAGAAUCAGUUAUGGUGCCAUUUUUUAAAUUAAACCUGUGAAGAAGAGGUUAUAAAUAGUGCAUUUCUUUAACCCCAGAUUUUUAAUCUGAAGUCCAUUCUUUAACGAUCAAUUCUUUUUUUGGGGAUUAACUUUAUCAGUUCCCAAGAUGCACAGCUCACUCAUAUCCACUACAUUUCAACCACAGUCAGAUUGUUCAACAAAAACUAAAACGGUUUAAAAUUAAAAUAAAGCACUGAGUUAGGAAAUAAGAUCAAUAUCCAGUGUCCUGCUAAUAAAUUCAUAUUUUAAUAUAAAAUAUUCAUACAGCACGCUACACCUCAGGCUGUCUGCUAGCUGAAUACCGUUACUGACUAUUCAAAACAGAAAAACUUCAAUCGCUUUGCUCUUCAAUGUGUUUUGAGGGAUGAUAUGAUUUCCAGCUGCUACUUUGAUUACAGUAUUUAAGGGGAUUUGUUCCAGAUAUCUGUAUUAGGUUAAUAAGUUGGCCAAAAGGAAAGAAAAAUAUUUUUCAGAACGUAAAGGACUGUUUCCACUUACCGUGGAAAA